AUGACAAAGUUCGACGGCUUGCAGAUCUCGCACCGGCGGGGUCGAAGGGUGGCGGAAGACCACGGCGUGGAUCACGACGUCAAGCUCCCCGCGGGCGGGCUGGAGGUCACCGACGACGGAUGGUUGCGCGUCGCGCAGCCGGACAACGUGGGCGUGUGCUCGGGAAACUCCGCGGCGCGGCUGGGCGAGUUGGAUCCGCCGUGCGUGUUCUUUGAGCUGGAGCGAUCGGACGGGUCGGACGUCGGCGUCAUCUGCGUGGAGGUUUGCAACGACAAGGCGGCGCCCAAGUGCGUUCGCGCCUUCAUCGAUCGAUGCGAGGAGCUGGUGCCAUUCGACCCGAGCGACGGCGGCGGCGGAUACGUCGGAGCGCCCAUCUCCUUCGACGGCAUCGCCGCGGCGCACGUGGCCGCGACGCCGCCGACGGCUAACGGCGUGCGCGCGCGAAACAAGCUCGCCCGCGCGCGGCUGGAGGUUGAGUGGAAGGGAGAGGAGACGCAGAGGUUCAUCGCGUCGCAUCGCUCAUCCGCCGCGUCGCUCGUGGUGUCCCUCAAGUUGACCGACGGGUCGUUCGCCCUGAUGUUCGGCUCGGAACCCUCGUGGGACGGGCAGGAGAGACAGGCGGUCGGGCGCGUGCACAGGUCCCCGGACGACGACGAGAGCGCUCGCGUCGCGGACGAGUUGAAGCGUUCCGCGGCUGCGGCGAUCUUAACCGAGCCCGACAACACAGCUGGCGGCGACCUGACCCUGAAUAAACCCUCGGUGCUCCGCGUGCGAUCGUGCGGCAGCGUCCUCGACGACGUCGGGGGCAGGCCGUUCCACGCCGUCCUUAACUCGUCCUUACGUGCCGUGAGGGAGGCGAUGGAUAAGAUCUCGAGCAGGUUCGAGUCGAGGGACGCGACGCGGCGAAAAAUCGAGGCCGAGUCGGAAGCCGUCGGGAGGGACGUGGAGGACGCGCUGAGGUACGCGCUGAGCCAGAAGCGCAAGGCGGAAGCAGAGGCGCGCGGCGGCGGCGGCGGCGGUGGGACGGGGGUCGGGGUUGAACAGCGGAAGAGACCGACGAUGGCGGCGGAUUGGGACACGCUCGGCGAACUGCCCAGCGACUUCUCCGAAUCGGACGAGCCUUGA